AUGAAGGACUUAUUUUUUCUGUUGCUCGUGGUUUUUUCAUUAUGGACAUUUAUAUCAGCUGCAGUAAUGACCAGAAAGCCUGGAAGUCCAAUGCCCCCUGGAGUUCGAAAGAAUUCGCCAGCUUUUCGGAAUUUAAAACCAGCGGCAUCAUUUUCGGCUGGACCUUCGAAAAAUAGGAGCUGUUACACCCCGAAAUGCCGUUAUAAGGAGACAAAGAUAAAUCCAAAUGGAGGGUGUCCAAUCAUCAGAUGUUUAAGCCAAAAUCGAAACUGUCCAACUCCAAAAUGUGGAGAUUACCAACGGAGAUCUUACAGUGGCAAAAAAUUGAACAAUGGUUGUCAAGAGAUAACGUGUGUGAAUAUCGUCGCUCCCAAGCGAUCCCAGAGACGGAAGGGUCCUUGUCCAGAGGUUGCAUCUUGCAAAACUACAUUACCUGAUGGACACUGCUCGGUCCCGCGCAACAUCAUAGUUCGUGGUCGCAGGUGUCCAGUCUGUCCAGAAAUCGUUAAAUGCAGCGGGCCUUCCCAGCAGGUUAGGUGCCCCGUUCUAAGGAAUUGUCCAAAAGCAAAGAUUGGUCAAUGCGUCAUUCCCAGCAAGGAUGAGAACGGCUGCAAGAAAUGCCCAACUCUUACUUUUAAAUGUAAUCAAAUUAGUCAGGUUGGAACACAGCUUGGGUAA